AUGUCUGACUUUGACAUUGACGCCGACGUGAACGAAUACCUACAAGGAUUUCUAAAUGAUAUUUCUUACCUUUCGCCAGAGAUUCAUGAUAUUUUUCUUGAGCUACAAAAAAAUGAUCAUGAAGUCGAAGAAAUUCUAAAGAGGAACAGAAUUAUUGAGAAGAAAUUAUGGGAUUUGAUGGACGGAACAUUAUCUGAAGAUAGCGAUGAAGAUGAUGAAGAUACCGAGUCGGAUGACGAAGAUGAGAUUAACGAAAAUCAAUGCGACGACAACAAAGAAGACACAUCACAACCCUCGAACAAAAGGCGACGACUCGAAGAAGAGUCUGAUAUUCGGGGUAAAAAGCAACAUCAACAAGAAAAAGAGCAGAAAUUAAAAGAAAUAAUUGGGAAUGGUUACGAAAAGGCCAUCGAGCUUUCGGAAGUGAAAUGUACAUUAGUCACGAAAGCCUUGAAUUUGGUAAAACGUUAUUCAAAACAGAUUAAUGACGACUUUGCCGCAUUUUUCCCGGAUCACACCCUUCCUGAGUAUUCGGAUACAUCGGGAAAUGUAUCUUUUAUGAAUUCAAAAAAUAUAUUCGGAGGAAAGAAAAAAACGGUAACAAGUGUUCCACCACUACCAGAGUUGGAGUCAACAUACUGCUAUUGUAACCAAGGAUUUUUUGGCACCAUGAUAGGAUGUGAUGGCGAGGACUGUUCAUACGAAUGGUUCCACAUUGAGUGUGUAGGAUUGGACAAAGUACCAAAGGGAAAAUGGUAUUGCGAUGAUUGUGAGAACAAACAAACCUCGUCCAGAAAACGAAAGCGUGUGCAAGGAGAUGAAAUUUAG